GGGUCGGGGGGCGGCAGGGCGGCGGGGCCGGGGACGGCCUCUGGCCCGACAUCGACGUCACGAGGACCGCGCUCACUAGUGCUGCGGCGGCAGGAGAACCAGGACUUCGGCUUCACGCUCAGGCACUUCAUCGUGUACCCGCCGGAAUCCUACACGAUCUUGGGCGGAGACCGGCGUAUGCACCAUGUCGCCGUCGACGAGCCCAUGGACACCAUCUUCGUGCGCCUGGUCAGGGAGAGCAGCCCCGCGCACCUCGCAGGACUGUGUCAGGGUGACCGCGUGGUGAGCGUCAACGGCGAGACGAUCGGCGGCAAGUCGUACGCCCAGGUGGUGCAGCUGAUCCAGAACUCGGGGCCGUUCCUGCACCUGCUCGUCGUGCCCAAGGAGGAGGACCUACUGCAGCAGUACUUCGGCGAGACGGCGCACAACCCGGAGACGAACCAGCGGCCCCAGAGGAUGCGGUCCCCCGACGUCCGGGACCGCGACCACCGCGACCAGCGCCAGGGCAGCCCGCUCAACUCGCGGCCCGUGUCCGGCGUGUCGGGCGCGUCCGGCGCCGCGGACUUCCCCAGCGGCUGGCCGCCCCCUGCCCUGCCGAGCGGGCCGGCCGGGGCGGCUGACCCCGUGUACGACUCGGUGGGCGGGGCGCGACGGUCCAGCGAGAGCGCCAGCGCGGCCCAGCGCCGGGAGCAGACGGCCAACGCGCGCACGCACCUCGACGCCGGCAUGCUGGACGGCGGCAGCAGCGGCAGCCUCCCCGGCAGCCUUCCCGGCGGCGUGGGCUCCAGCGGCGCGCCCAGCGCGGACAGCAGUCGCAGGGAGUCGUCGUCGUCCCUGCCCGCCGCGGGGUCCGCCACCGCCGGCUCCGGCACCGCGGCCAGCUCCAAGGACAGCCUGCUGUCCAUGGACUCGACGUCCACGCUGCAGGACGGGUGCAGCAGCGACGACUCCGUCAUCUUGUCGAGGAUCCGGCGCAGCACCGAGCAGAAGGAGGAGUUCCUGCGCCGGCCCGCGCAGCCCAUCUGGCCGCUCGUGGACCAGUCGCUGCCUCUCCAGCAGCUGCAGCCCAAGGGGGUGAUCGCCCGCGAGUUCUACGCGCGCCCCCAGAAGCUGCAGAAGCCAGUGUGGCCGCCGCUGAGCCCCGGCGAGAAAGACAAGGACAGGGACAAGGAGGCCCCCGACGAGGACCUGGAGUCCGGGCCCGGCAGGGGCACGGCGCCGAACUUCGUGGCCGGCGGCCCGGUCGGGGCGGCGGCGGCGUCGUCGGCUGCCAACGCGCAGGCCAGGGCCAACAAGAGCUACUUCAGCACGCUGAGCAGGAUUCAAGAAAACCAAGCCUCCGUUUCUUCGACCGGAAGUGAGGACACUGUGAUGAAUGGAGACUCCACGUCCCUGCCAUCAUCUUGUUCGUCACGCGGUGCAGAGGAAAACCAACCACAUUUGCCUGUGAUCCACCUGGUGUCCAGAAGGGCACGCCAGUUUGAGGCAGGUGAAGAGGAAGACAGCACGGACCGGACUAGUUUCUACCGCAGUGAAUUGGCCCGGUUGUCAUCGAAGAAAGGGGUCCCGGAAGUCGCUGUGCGAAAGCGAGAAUAUGAAUCUCGGAGUUUACAAGAUAACUCAAAUGCAAGGAAGCUUGAGAAAGCUGGAAGUCCAUUGUCAUCCAAUGUACCUCCUAGUGCUGUGUCUGGCAACAGAUCCAUACCCAUUGGCAGCUCAAAACUUCACUGUGAUCCGCCUCCUGAUUACAAACCUGCUCCUGAGGACUUAUAUUAUGGACCAGAACCCCGUCCCCAAUCAAGCUCUUUGAAGAUGCGCAUUCGAUCUCGUUCUGCAGAUCCCAGUCAUCGUGACCAAAGAACCAAGACUGUACGGCAGGACACUUACCACAGUGCAAUCAGCUCAGAUCGCAAACGUCAGGCAGUGAUAUCCACUGUCCUGGAGGAUGAGAGAGAAGGCUGUGAUGUUUUGCCAUCUCCAGCCCCCAAAAUACUCGCUCCCGAUCCAUCCUGCUCUCUUCCAUCAUCCCCUCCUAUUCGUCCAAACCAAUUGUCUAUUGCCAACCCCCUACGCCCUGCUUCAUACCCUCAGCGAAAUAGCAUCGGAGAUCCUGAGGGACUUGUGCAAGGUCUUAAAGGUUCUCCUAGAACAAUAGAUACUUCGGCUGUUGUGAGAAGACAGAAAGAUCCUGCAACAGUUGAUGAAGACCGCUCUACAAGACGUGUUUCUUAUCUCAAAGCCACAUGGAACGAUCGGAUGCACGUUGACAGUGAUCUAGAACUUAGUGAUACAGAACCAACUUCAGCUUGUCCAGCAAACGUCGCUCAGAGAAGACUUAAUCGGAAAUGGCGUCCGCCUUUAUUUCCUGAUGACAUUCAACGCCUCAAGCGCCUCUUUGAAGAUGCAGCAGCAGCGGCCACAGGCCAUGCCACAGGCCAUGCCAUCAGUCAGCAACAGGGCUCGGCGUCGAGGGCCGUCGUCCCCGCCAGCACGUCGCCGAGGUCCUCGCCGAGGACGUCCGCCAACAACAAGGAGAACGUCGAGCAGCAGGCGCCGCUGCACCGCGACCGCGAGGGCUGGCUGCACUGCAAAAUCACCCUCAUCGACGGCAAGCGCGCCCCCGACCGGUCCUGGAAGCAGGUGUGGGCCGUGGUCCGCGGCCCCAUGCUGUGCCUCUACAAGGAGCGCGCGCACGCCCCGCACUCUGAGACGCCGCUGGGGUCCGAGGGCCACGCCGCCGGCGACCACAUCGACCUGCGCUGCUCCCUGGUGGAGGUGGCGGCCGACUACACCAAGAAGAAGCACGUGCUGCGCCUCAACUCGGCCAGCGGCUCGGAGCUGCUGCUGCAGGCGGACACGGGCGCCGACCUGCUGCAAUGGGUGCGCGUGCUGCAGGACCAGGCGGGCGACGCCACCAACGCCGCCAACGGCGCGGAGGCGCCGGCCGCCGGAGCGAGCCCCGGCCAGGGCCUGUCCCCCACCGUGGCCCACAAGGGCAUCAAGAAGCUGACGGCGCUGCGCAACCGGUCGCCGACGGCGCCGGCCGCCACGUCGUCGGGGUCCGGGUCCGUGGGCCAGGCCGUGGGCCAGCCCCCCGCCAGCAAGGCACGCAAGCAGAGCACGCCGGGGCAGCCGCAGCCGCAGCCCGGCGGGGUGCCGUUGCCGCAGGUCCUGCCGCAACUGCCGUCGCCCAAGUCCAAGACGUGGAAGGGCCGCGUGGCCAAGCAGUUCCGCAAGAUGCACCAGGGCGGCGGCGGCAACUCGCCCAGCUCGCCGACGGCGCCUCAGGCGCAGCCCCACGCGGACGGCGUGGCCAUCGGCGUGCCCCUCGAGGACUGCCCGCCGUCCUCGUUCUCCGAGGCGGUGCCGCUGCUAGUCGAGCUGUGCACCUCCAUCGUGGAGGCCCGGGGCCUGGAGGUGAUCGGGAUCUACCGCGUGCCCGGCAACACGGCCGCCGUCACCUCCCUCACAGAGUCCAUCAACAAGGGCUUCGACUACGUCAACCUACAGGAUCCCAGGUGGGGAGAUGUGAAUGUGAUCUCAAGCCUGCUCAAGUCAUUCUUCCGUCGCCUGCCUGACUCUUUGUUCACAACGGAAUUGUAUCCAUCUUUUAUUGAAGCUGAUAAAAUUGACAGCCCGCUCAAGAGGGUCCAUGCUAUUCGCAAAAUUAUUCGUGAGUUACCAGAGCAUCAUUAUGAGACACUUAAGUACCUGCUUUCGCAUCUGAAGCGAGUUGUUGAGCAUUCUCAUACAAAUAAAAUGGAAGCACGCAACCUUGCUAUUGUGUUUGGACCAACAUUAGUGCGUGCUGGCGAUGAUAACAUGGUGACUAUGGUUACUGAUAUGUCUAGCCAAUGCCGCAUCGUAGAAACACUUAUAUCCAAUGUCGAUUGGUUCUUCUCAGAAGAUGAUUCUGAAGAGUUUCCAAUGCCCGUUUCAGAAGAUUCAAACACGCCUCUCAACUUGCCUAGUUCAGAAGCAGUUGCUGCUGCAACAGUUGGUGCUUCAAGUCAAAAUCAGAGUUUAUUGUUAGGAAAUAUUCAUAAAGUGGAAGGGCUGAAGGCUGAAUCUCCCAGUAAAGAUGUUAGUGCCAGAGAUAUUGUAUCUUCAAUAAUUACUGCUGCUAAUCGCAAAAUUCAAAGAGGGAAAACAAAGAAGUCUGAAAGUGAACAUGAUCAGAAGCUGAUGGCUGAUAUUCAACGACCAAAGAACAAGGAUCAUUCAUCUGGGUUUAUGUCUGAUCCUGAUUCCCCUCCUCCUACCACCUCACUUAGUCAUAAACGAUGUUCCCUAACUGACCCAAUGCGCAUUCAUGUAGAGCCCCAGGCUGCCAUUGAGGUGAGGAGCAGCAAUGAACCUGCUCCCUCCAUACCUGCAUCAUCUAUUCCAACAAUAACAACCUCAUCACCUAAAACUUCAUUAGCAUUACGAUAUAAGUCACCUCAGAGUGAUGAUGUUGCUAUCAUGAGCUAUGCUAAUCUGGCUCAGACCACCCAGGAAAGAAUAAAGCGGUUUGAACAGGAGACUAAAGCUAUGCUGGAAAGAGAUUUGUACCGCCAGAAUAGAGAUUCUCAGCAGUGGGAUGAGCAAAGAAAACAAAUUGAGAGACAAUGGCUUGAAGCCAAACAGGAACUUGAAGCUGAUGACGCACUAGAUAGUGUUAUUAGUGCUGCCUCUGAUAAAAAAUUAAGUGGAGAAAAACUUCGAGUUGAUUCCGUUAGGUCUCUUCUUAGUAGUACAAGUAGUAGUGGCAGUGCCAGUGGAGGUGCCACUCCACCUCAAAGAUCAUCUUGGCGAGUUGGAUGGGGGUCCCGUCUUUCUUCUACUUCCAACACUUCUAACUCAGCGUCAUCUCUUGUAGGGGCCACUCAAGCUGCCCCAGCAACCACUCUACCAGAUGCCCAGAAUAAUGGACAUCUAAAAAGAAUGAAGACUGGCAAGGAACCGAGGUCAGGCUCUUUAGACUCUCUCCAGGGAGUACCAGCUUGUGAGCGAACCCACAGUCACAUGUCAGAUGAAGGUGGGGAUCUCUUGGCAACUCUUACUUCUACUUUUGACCAAAAGAUGAAAUCCCUCCUGGGAGCAAGCAAGCCUACUUCAGCAGCAGCUAAAGUGGUCCAUACAAAACCCAGUUCUAAGGCUUCCAAUAGUGGUUCAGAGGCCACAUCCAGUUCCUCUAAGUCAAGUUCAACAACUAAUACAGUGACCACAACCGCUGCUCCCGCGUCUUGUGAUGUGAAAGCAGUCUCAAACAAGACUACGACUGCCCCAGAGCGCCUGCACCUCUUAAACUGUGAUGAAGAUAUUCCAUUUGCCGAUACUGAUGCAACAGAAUUGGAGGCUCGAGGAACUCAAACAUCAUCUGUGCCAGUUAGUCUUCUUGCUCAAGGACAGACAGUAUCCCCCACUGCUCUCCUCAGCUACAGGGAUCCAAGCUUACACCGAGCUUCACGCAUUUUGCGCUCUUCUACGGUACCUGCCAAUUCAACAAAUGUUGACAACAAGGAGACCAUGGAUAGUUCAGGAGCUAAAUACUCUCCUCUACGAUGGUCUACUCCUGUAAAUGUGGCUGAUUGCAAUUUUAUUGGUGAAACUGAAAGAACUGUGUUUGAGAAGAAAGCAGAUGGUAGUGUGCCACCAAGUAUUGGUAUAGGCAGGUCUGAAGGUGGUCCAGUCAGUACAACAAGUAGUUCACCUGUGAAAACAAGCUUAGCAAGUGUUAAUGCUCCUUGUAGUGGACCUGUUAAUUCACAAUGUGAUAAGUUAAAACAUUCAGAUUCAUCAAAAAAGACUGAUUGUUUUCAGUCUUCAACUAAACUAAAACGUUCAGAAUCACUCAACAAAUCCUCUGACCGAUCAGAUAGUAUCUUAAACUUAAAACUCCGCCGCUCAGAGUCUCUCAACAAAAAUGAUCGUGCAGAAAUUAACUUGAAUGUUAAGUUAAGGAGGUCUGAGUCACUCAAUAAAAAUGAAAGAAGUGAUUCUAAACUGAAACGUUCAGACUCGCUCACAAAGACUGAGAAAACUGAAUCAAAUAUGAACCGCAGACGCCAACAAGAAAACAGAGCUAAUGCCCGAGGUAAUUGUGGUGGUAGCACAAAUAUUCGUGACAAGGAAACUACUAAAAUGUUCAUUCAAAAUGCUACCAUAGUGCUCACCAAGCUAAAGCGCAAGAAUGGAAUGCCAGAAAGAUCCAUCAAAAGGCGGCAUACUGUCGGUGGUACCAAAGAUUUUGACAAAAUACACUGGCUAGAUAAUCGCCUUCAAAGUGAUCAAUGGGAAAGUAACAAUACAUCUGUGGGCUCAAAAGAAAAAAAGUCAUUAAGAACAUCCUCACCUGACCUGAGUUCAUCAAGACUUGCAGGAAUUCUUGUUGAAGUUAGCCUUUUGCAUUCCGGUGAUGUACAUCGCCCUCACAGCCUCCCUGAUCCUAAUCUGGUGUCUGCUGUUUUUAAAGUACCACUUGAGUCACAUGUUUGACAGAUUUAUCCUUUUAAAUGUAUCAAUUUGAAAAGAAGUGGACCAUGUUUGUCUUCAUUGGUAGUGACUUUAAUUUUAUUGUUCAACUUUAAAACUUUAUCAACACAAUAAUGGAUCAAUUUUACUUAAGGGAAUAUGGUACUUCUGCAUCAGUGUUGACCAAUAUUAUAAAUUCCAUUAAGACUGACUGAGCACUUGCAUCUUUUGACUUCCUAGGAAACCAAAAGAUUUUAUGUUCUGUUAACAAAUGCUUUUUAGUGCAAGUUGCUUUAAUCUGGUUAGCGACUUGUUUGGUGUUUUAUUAUUCACUAUAUUGUAUUAGUCUGCUGGAGUUGCCGUGGGCAGACAUUUGUUGCUAAGCAUUGUGAUAUUUAACAUCCUUGAUUAGUCUCCUCUUUAAAUGAAAUUGAGUGCUUGUAAUGGUUUAAUAAGGAUUGUUUGUGUGAUGAGUGUGUACUCAAUAGCACAUUUUAUUUGUGUUGGUGUGUUUGUGUGCCGAUGCUCAAGUUCCACCUAGUGGAGUUUUAAAAAUUUCUUUGGACAUGUUGAUCUGGUUCUUUAGUAACCUAAUGUGAAGUAACACACGAUGGGCAGCAAUUGCUGAGUAGAUUUGUUUUUUAUGUGAAUGUAAAAGAAUGUUGCUUUGAGGGAGUAUCCCUGUGAUAUGGUAGCAAAGGGUCAUUUCCUGACUCUGUUUGUUAAGUCCACUAUCCAACCAAAACAAUAUUAUAGUUAAAAUUCAGUUUUUAAAUAUUCAACAUAAGAUUUUGCUUCUGUGUUUACGUAACAAAGCCAGGUGGGCCGCGAUUGGAAGACACUUCCAAUGACGACUGAGUGUUGUGUGAAUGCUUUGGCCUUCCUUUUUUUAUAGUAUAAAAACAAAAAAUUCCCUCCGCGCAUUGCUGAUAUGAUAGCUGUGCUGUUUCAUUGCAAAUGUCAUUUUCAUCUUCCUUUUUGAAACACUAUGUCGAGUUGACGUUAUAAAUGAUAACAUUUCAUGUAUGCAGUAAUUUUAAUGAAUGAUACCCUAGCUGCCCUGACAGCUUUUGACCAAAUGUAUGUUGAGCAUUUGUGAAAGCGGAGGAACAUGUUACCUCAGGAUGUGCAAACUUGCUACUCAAACAUUCCUGUAGUAGCUUUAAGGUGGCCCUAUAAAGUUAACCUGCCAUGUUUUUGGGGUGUGUGUGUGUGUGUGUGUGUAUGUAUGUGUGUGUCUGUCUGUGUGUAUGUGUGUGUGUAUCGGCGUGUUUUUGUUUUCACCGCUAUCUUAAGAAGGAUGCACUUAAAUUAUGAUAGAAGCUUUAUUUCUUUUGUUAUGCCUGAAAGGCUUUUCUUCUUUUCCUUUUAAGUUACUUGCUGGAGCUGACAUGCUCUUGGUGAAAAAUUUAGUUUUGCUUUAACUGUGAUUAUGCAAAAGACCUUUUGGUCUUUUGAACUGUGUACAUAUUACAUCAAGAAUGUGCUUUAUGUUAGACUCCAAAUUGUAGUAUGUAUUAUUGUAUUUGUUUGUGUAUAAUUUACAUGUUUAAUGUGCAUUUUCAUUAUUGGACAACCUUUGUGAAUUUAACUUAAACUGUAUGCAAUAUGAACACACAUUGGAUGCAGAUCCCUUCAAUGUUUGUUUAAAGUACGUAUUAUAUUGAGAUAGAAGAAUAAAGUGAAUAAGUAUCACUUUGAAAGUA